AUGUAUAAGUUUCUUCAUCCAGUUGGAGCUCGGGUGGGAUGGAAUAGAUUGAUUUGUAAUAGCCAUGCUAGUCCAAAGAGUACCUUCAUUAUGUGGCUAGCAGUGCAGAAUAGGCUAGCUACAAAAGACAGAUUGAUAAGAUGGCAGCUGAAUAUUGAUGGUACUUGUGGCCUGUGUCAGUUAGAAAGUGAAAGCUUGGAGCAUUUGUUCUUCUCUUGUUCUUAUUCUAAGGAGAUUUGGAGACAGGUUCUGCUUUAUCUAGGUGUGACUAGAGCUGUGUUGCCUUGGCAAGAAGAAGUACAGAUUGCAGUGAAGAGAAGCAGAAGUAAAUAG